AUGUUUUCGCUCUGCUCGAAACCAGCUUCCACGGCGUCGUCAAACCGAACUCAGCAGCACGGUACCUGCAAAGGAUGCAGCUGUAAGUAUACAUCAAUUGGAAAACAAAUCAAAGGAGGUUACUUACUACGAUAUAAAAAGCAAGUUCUCUGGAGCCGGUGGUCCGAAGAAUGGGUGGUUCUGUAUGACGACUCGACGAUGGCCUGGUUUACGGAACCAGGACGUUCGUCACCGGCAGGGAAAAUUCUGGUCAAGGAAGCACCGGAGAUGCUUGCCAUUGCCCACUGGACCGGACAGAUCCCGCGCCGACCACCGCUGCCGGACGGCGUCAGCGUCUCGCAGCUCAUCGCCCUCGGUUCACGGCGGAAACGGUCCAAGGUGUACUGGAUGAUCGCCAAAAGCGAGGAUGAAGUCAGCGAUUGGAUUGCAGCCAUCACAAAAACGCUUCCUCCCCCGCCACAAAUUGAGCUGGUUGUCGAUAAACCACAUCUGAUGGGUGUCCUGCGAAGACCAAUCGUCCGGAUACGACCGGCUACCAGUUCCGAGGUGUCGGCCCGGCGGAAAAAUCGCACCAGCAUCGAAAACAACACGACCAAGGUUAACAGCGAAGCGGCGGUGGCAAUCAUCAAGAAAAACACCCAGGAGAACUCCGAGCCGAAAGGUUCCCUGGCUUGCGCCCUACCCUGGGGCCACGGCUGGGGCUGGUCUACGCUGCCGAACGGCAUCUGGAGUGGAGCUCUCACCUGGUCCCAGUGUGAGGAUUCGAUCACACUGCACGCCCUGCCGACGACUCACUGCACAAACAUGAUUGAGGCACCGUGCGCCGGCGGAAUUUACCACACCGACAUCAGCCCGUUCGAUUUUCACGGAAUCGAAGAUGUGGGCGGUGAGGACUUUGACUACGCUAUGGACUGCGGGGAUUUCAUUUUCUAA